UCCAUCUAGACCAGCAGCCACGGCGGGGGAAUGGAGUUUUUCCGGAAGGCGAAAUCCGUCCGCCUUAGAAGUCAUCAUGACAAAUUCCUCUUAGCCGACGACGAUAAAGUGACCGUUUGUCAGGAUCGUCACGGCACCUGCAAGGCUGCCAAAUGGAUCGUGGAAUUGGUGGACGGUUGCGACACCGUGAUCCGCCUUAAAAGCUGCUACGGGAGGUAUCUCACCGCCGCCGACGAUCAAUUCCUCCUCGGCGUUACCGGACGGAAGGUCCUCCAGACCCUUCCAUCCAGAUUGGAUUCCAAGGUCGAGUGGGAGCCCACCCGAGAUGGCUUUCAGGUCCGACUCAAAACUCGCUACGGAAAUUAUCUCCGAGCCAACGGUGGCCUUCCUCCUUGGAGGAACUCCAUCACCCACGAUAUCCCCCACCGCCACACUGGUUGGAUUUUGUGGCAGGUAGACAUUGUUGAAGUCGUGCCACAGUCACCGGCGCCCAAGCAACGUCCUCCAACUCCUGCUGCUCCUCCUCCUCCUACUCUUCAGGCUGCUUCUAAAAAUGAUGAUGAUGAUGAUGACGACGACGAAGACGACUCUUCGAAUGUUUUCCGUCUUAGAUCCGAUUCAUUAGCACCGCAUUCGGAGGUCGGGGGAGGAGGUGGAGGUGGUCGGAUGAUAUACUACUAUGUGGCUAACGAAGAUGGGGAUAUUGAUGAGAGGUUAGAAGAGAGUUCAUUUGUAUUGAAGGGACACAGUUUGGAACAGUUAACGCAGGAGUUGGAGAAAGAAACAGGGAUGGAGGAUGUCAUAGUGUGCUCCAGAAACCAAUCCAAUGGAAACCUUUAUCCGCUUCGCUUAGCUCUUCCUCCCAACAAUGCAACCAUGCACAUCAUUGUAGUUCCAGCAACUUCCAGAGUGGCAAGAGAUUUUGUUCCAGAUGCUUCUUCUUCUUCUUCAUCCUGAUCCUUUUCUUCAAGCCCUCCUUCCCUCGAACAAGAGAUGGAUGCAUUACUGUUGUUGUGAGACAUCAUUACUAAUUAAUGAUACUGCUGCAGAAGAGAAGAAGUAAAUGUAACACGAUUUUGCUGUUCUAUUAUUAUUAUCAUUGUUUGUUGCUGUUGCUGUAGCUAGGGAUGAGUGGAGUUUUUUUGUUUGUUUGUCUGUCUGUUACUAGAAUAAUGAUAAUGUGUGACUGUUGUUUUGUAUUAUAUAAAUUUAUUUAAUAUUCAAAAAGUGAUGAGGGAUGAGACUUGGAUUUGGUUGGAAGAUAUAAAUUAUAUUUAUUUCCCAUUCUUUA